UUCAAGGUUGGAAGCCUUGAUGCCCGAGCAACAAAGUUCAGAACCGUCCCAAUUGCUGUUACCCCGGAAGGGUUCUGGUGCUGCCCAUCACAGACCGUGCUCCAGAAGACAGUGAAGAACCAAAACCAGCAGACAAGGCCCAAAGUGGGUGCAUCCCCUCCUGCGUCAAAGGCCUCCUCGGUCCAGAGGGCGCCGACUAUCUCGUCGGAGAGGAGAACACAUUCGACUCCAACAAGGUCCAGAGCUAAUUCAGACGAGCAAAGAUGCCCGGCGGCGGCGGACAAUGCCACGUCCAAUCCACCGAAGGCGGCGAGCGAGAGGCUACCGAAGCAGCAUAAGAUAUCUGUUGGUUUUGGUCAGAUUGAGAUGAGUGACUUGAGAGUUGUGCUGUAUGGCAAGGAUGGUGUUGCUGUAAAGAUGAGUGUGCACAAGAACAUCCUUGCUGAAAAUAGCACCUUCUUUGCCGAUAAGCUGUCAAGGCAAUCUCCAGUGUCCAGCAUAGAAGUGCCUGAUUGUGAAGAUGUGGAGAUUUAUGUUGAGACUGUUGGCUUGAUGUACUGCAAUGAUGUCAAGCAGAGGUUGAUCAAGAAAAGUGUUCCACGCGUACUUCGGAUCUUGAAGGUUGCAGAACAUUUGGGUUUCCGAGCAUGUGUUCUGUCAUGCUUGAAUUACUUGGAAGCGGUCCCUUGGGCCGGGGAAGAAGAGGAGAAUGUGGUCUCAUCUGUUCGGCAUCUUCAGACCGAGGAUUACGGUGUCACCCCAAUACUGAAGAGGGUAUGCUCUGACCUAACGAGCCCACCAAAUGACACGUUUGUGCGUAUCAUAGAACUAGUUUUGAAAAGCAGUGAUGACAGAGGGAGGCGCGAGAUGAAGUCCUUGGUGCUCAAGCUUCUCAAGGAGAGCAGCAGCAGCUGUGCCAGUAGCUCUGCUGACCUAUGUGUUGAGACCCUCUACAGCUAUUGCCAGAAUUGCCUGGAGUCUCUGCUGACCCUGUUUCAACAAGCAUCUGACAGUGGUUUCUCUGAGCAGUCUUUGGAGCUUAAGGAACCGGUUCUUCGGCAGAUUACUCUCGAAGCGGAUAAUCUGUUAUGGUUAACCGAGAUUUUGGCUGGCAGGAAUGCUGCAGAAGAAUUUGCAGGCUUGUGGUCUAACCAACGUGAGCUGGCUGGGCUUCAUUCCAAGCUACCGACCAAGUCGCGCCACCUUGUGAGCUGCGUCACUGCCAGGCUCUUUGUGGCGAUUGGGAAAGGCGAAAUGCUCCCGUCCAAGGACACCAGGCAGCUCCUCCUGGAUGUCUGGCUGCAGCCUCUCAUGGAUGACUACAACUGGCUGCAGCACGGUUGCAGGUCGUUCGACCGGACCGUCGUCGAGGAAGGGAUCGGGUCGACCAUCCUGACGCUGCCGCUGGAGGAUCAGCAGACGAUACUGCUCUCGUGGCUCGGGAGCUUCCUCAAGGUUGGGAACAGCUGCCCCAACCUGCAGAAGGCCUUUGAGGUGUGGUGGAGGAGGACCUUUGUGCGGCCUUACGUCGAACAGCAGGGGAGCCGGUCGCAGUCGGGUCGGAGUUGAGAUCUCCGGUGGCUUGCGCAGGGAAGCUAUCGCGCGCCGUUUCGUAAGUAGAACAUCGCUGAAAAAGGGUUUAGUCGUAUAAGUUGAUUUGUGUGAGGCUUGAGAAUAUGUUUGUGCGCUGUGCUUUGUGGUGCUUCUUCGGGUCUUCGCUGAUACGUCAAGUUCUCUGAAUUCUGGCUUACCGAAUGUCUUGUCUGAUGUGCUGCUUAUUUACCACGAGACAUCAGUUUGUUGCAUUGCGUUUUGUUACCACAGACAUUGUGCGGUAGUGGUGACACUGUAUUAUUGCGGCUCACCUGUAGAAACUGCAUGCUUGUGAUGCAAUUGUAAAUAUUUUGCUGGGAUGUAGGAGUACGUACUAUUGUGAUAUUAUUAUCUGAGAUUUGGGAGAGUUGAGUAUAUUGAAUCUUGCUUCAACGA